AUGCCACUACAGGAUGGGGAAGAGCCGCCUCCUAAUGGGAGCCGGCCUGAUAGCCGACUGAAGAGCAAGAAGCCACCCAGUCUUGUCAUUGCGAUACCCACGCCUGAACAGAUGAUGUCUCAUGAUCCCACUAAACUGCCCCUUCGGCCGCUGUUGAAGAAAAACAUGAGUGGCCAAGCAACCAGUUCCGUGUCUGCAAGUAUCAGCGGAGCCGGAGAUGCAGGCCUGUCAGCCUCAGAAAGAAGGGAAAAAUUUGGAAGACAGACCUCACUCUCACAAAGUAUACGCAAGAAUACAGCCCAGUGGUUUGGGGUAGGCGAAGACUGUGAGACCAAACAGCAGGUGUGGCAGAGGAAGAGUCUGCGCCACUGCAGCCAUCGCUAUGGCAAGUUGAAGGCACAAUACAGGGAACCUGACACAGCCACAAGCAUUGAACAGAGCCUGGAAUCUCCAACCCCACACAAGAUGCCAAAGAUUGUCGACCCCUUGGCACGUGGACGAGCAUUCCGUUACCCAGAGGACAUAGAAACUCGCUCACCAAAGGCUCCCAUCACCCCUGGGGUCACCUCGCUCAGCUCUUUUACCAGCCAACGCUCAGGGUAUAGUCGCUUGCCCAAACGUAAAAGGGAAUCUGUCGCCCGCAUGAGCAUCCGUGCUGCAAAUAACCUGCUGAGGGGCCGAAGCGGCUUAGCUGGUUCCUUGACAGGUCGCAGCUUUCCCAGGAGGAGCUUUGUCAGGCCGAGUUGGCUGGAUGAGGACACUGUAGACUCUGCAGACAUGUCUGAGUCACUCUUUUUUAGCAAGGUUGAUGUCCAUGAUGAAUUGUACUCUAUGGCUGAUGAUGUAUUUGAAUCACCACCACUGUCAGCUGCCUUUGCCCCCUGUGAGCAACCAGAUCAGAAAUUCUCAAGCCUUAAGGAUGCAUCUCGAACACCACGUACACCAACCGCAGCGCAGGAGAAAAGUCAUCCUCGACGUGGCCGUCGCAUUGCUUCCCAAGUGAAGCACUUUGCUUUUGACAACAGAAAACGUGACUAUGGAAUGGGCGUUGUGGGCAAGUGGCUGAACCGGCAGUAUCGACGGAGCAUCAGCAGUGCCAUCCAGAAGCAGCUAGAUGACUUCCACAGCCAUAGGCCUUACUUUACCUACUGGAUCACAUUUGUCCAUAUUGUUAUCACAUUGCUGUCCUGCUGUACUUAUGGUUUUGCCCCUGUCGGGUUUGCACAACAUUCUAAAACUGCCCUAGUGCUGAAAAACAAAGGCAUCUAUGAAAGUGUCAAGUACAUCCAACAGCAGAACUUUUGGAUUGGGCCUAGAUCUGAUGACCUGAUUCAUUUGGGAGCCAAGUUCUCGCCAUGCAUCCGUCAGGACAAACAGAUAGUCCAGCUGAUCCAAAAGGCCAAAGAUCUGGAAAAAGAGUCUGGCUGUUGUGUUCAAAAUGACAACUCUGGAUGUGUGCAGACUUUCAACUCCGACUGCUCAGAGACAUUGGCCACAUUUAUCAAAUGGAACAGUGAGCCUGUGGACAUCAUCAGGUCCUCUGGUGCUGUUUGUCACCAGGAUCCUAGAAUAUGCGAAGAGCCUGCAUCAGCAGAGCCUCACACGUGGCCGGAUGACAUCACACAGUGGCCAGUGUGUACAUAUCCCCAAAAGUGGAACCAUACAGGCUACAGACACAUGGACUGUAACAUCAAGGGACGACCUUGCUGCAUAGGCACUAAGGGCAGGUGUGAGAUCACAACCAGGGAGUAUUGCUCUUUCAUGCAUGGCUACUUCCAUGAGGAUGCCACACUCUGUUCACAGGUUCACUGUCUUGAUGAUGUUUGUGGCUUGCUUCCUUUCUUAAACCCGGAUGUGCCUGAUCAGUUCUACCGAUUUUGGCUGUCCCUUUUCCUCCAUGCUGGGUUGCUACACUGCGUGGUAUCAGUCGUGUUUCAAAUGACCAUAUUGCGAGACCUGGAGAAGCUAGCAGGUUGGGUUCGCAUCUCCAUCAUUUACAUCUUUAGUGGAAUAACUGGAAACCUUGCCUCUUCCCUCUUCCUGCCUUAUCGAGCCGAGGUGGGUCCAGCAGGAUCUCAAUUUGGCCUCCUGGCGUGCCUGUUUGUUGAACUCUUUCAAGGUUGGCAGAUGUUGGAGGAACCAUGGAAAGCAUUUUUAAAACUCUUAGGAAUUGUCUUUUUCCUCUUCUUGUGCGGUCUUUUGCCAUGGAUAGACAACAUCGCUCACAUUUUUGGCUUUCUUAGUGGAAUGCUGCUCUCCUUCGCCUUUCUGCCCUACGUCACCUUUGGAACUUUUGACAAGUACCGUAAACGCGUCCUCAUCGUCGUAUCGCUGUUGGCAUACGUCGGCCUGUUCUCUUCGCUCAUUGUUUGGUUUUAUAUUUACCCCAUUAACUGGCACUGGCUGGAGCAUUUCACCUGCCUACCCUUCACGAGCAAGUUCUGUGAAAAGUAUGACAUUGAUCAUGACAUUAACCACGUUGUGCACUAG